CCUCCUCAGUUUGUCAAACGCUCCUCACUCCACUCCACCUUCGGAAACACACUACAUAUACAUUCAUGACGCCUUACAUUCGCCGCUCCUCUACUUAUUGACCUGGAUAUUCCGCUAAAGCACACACUUCAUUCGCCUCCUCCUCUCUGUGUCGCGCCUCAUCACAUAGAACAUAAAGCGCUACUUGCCACAGACUCGACCAGCGCAUUCACACUCUUUCACAGAACCAUCAAUCGAGUCGCCUGCUUGCGCUCGAUUCCAACACCAUAUCUUCUCUGAAUCAGACGUCGACGCGUCCUCUUCUCACUACCCCCUCUACUUCUACAAUGGACUCUCCGCGAGGCUCGGCCAUGGACAAUGGCAAAUCUACACCCACCGGGCCACCUGUCGGAUUCCGCCCACAGAACGGCGGUAUCAUCAAGGUAGAACCGCCACGGAGGGAAGACUUGCAACCUUCAUAUGCGCAAACACUACAGGGUGAUACCGACGCAGAGAAUCACGGCUGGUACGGAUCGAUGAUUAACUCGCUUGGUCAAUGCAUCGGUUGCAUGGGUGCCAUCCCCUGCUGCGUAAUCUGCCCCAACCCCUACAAGCCUGUGUCGCAAGGAAACGUUGGUCUCGUCACCAAGUUUGGGCGAUUCUAUCGCGCUGUCGACCCCGGUUUGGUCAAGAUCAAUCCUCUUUCCGAGCGACUCAUUCAGGUCGAUGUCAAGAUCCAGAUUGUCGAGGUGCCUCGUCAAGUGUGCAUGACAAAGGACAAUGUCACUCUCAAUCUGACCUCGGUCAUCUACUACCACAUUACCUCUCCUCACAAGGCGGCCUUCGGUAUUUCCAAUGUUCGUCAAGCGCUGGUAGAGCGAACUCAGACCACACUUCGUCAUGUGGUGGGUGCUCGCGUUCUUCAAGAUGUGAUUGAACGCCGUGAAGAGCUUGCGCAGUCCAUCGGUGAGAUCAUCGAGGACGUUGCAUCAGGUUGGGGUGUCCAGGUCGAGUCCAUGCUCAUCAAGGACAUCAUUUUCAGCAACGACCUCCAAGACUCUCUGUCUAUGGCUGCUCAAUCCAAGAGAAUUGGUGAAUCCAAGGUUAUUGCGGCGCGCGCGGAAGUCGAAUCUGCCAAACUCAUGAGACAAGCCGCCGAUAUAUUGAGCUCGGCACCUGCGAUGCAGAUCAGAUAUCUUGAAGCGAUGCAAGCCAUGGCCAAGACUGCCAACAGCAAGGUCAUUUUCUUGCCUGCCGCCAACCAGACCAUCCCCACCGAGGCUAUGUUGAAUGCCGUUCAAUCGAACAACACUGGCGGCGAACCUAGUGGCUCGUCCAAGCAGAACAGCAACCCUUUUCAGCCAGACAUGAACGAUGGCUUCCAGCAGGCAAUGAAUGCCAGAGUCAUCGAGAACAUCUGACCGACAUCUAAAGUCCCCCAAUUGUGAGCAGGAUUCAAAGUGUAGCAGUCACGACGCUGGGUGGGUUAAAAUUGGGUCCUGUUUUGGCGUUGCUGAUUUGCGUUAAGAUACCCCUUGAUGAGUAUCAUGCACUCGCUUGUACUCAAUGAGUUGAGUUUGUCUGCCUACAUCUUCAUUAUUAGUAUAGCGCAAUACCAUUUAUUGAAUCUUUGCAACC